AUGUCAGCCACCAGCAAUUCGAAAUUGGCUGGAGUCCUUGAAUGGCUUGAAAACAACAGUUUUUGGAACUCAGAGCUUUUAGAGGUUCGCGAGUCGCCUAUUGGUGGUGUGGGUGUGUUCUGGAAGUUGGGACCCGAUGCAGAUGAAGAAAACGAUAAUCUUCUUCUCCGGAUCCCCAAAUCGGCCGUUCUCUCUCCAAAAAACUCGUUCAUAUAUCCAUUACUUAUGGACUAUGAGUGUGAGGAGCCUACAGUUGAUUUGACCUACGGAAUGCAUGCUAUAGUGAUCACCUUCAUUUACGAGUACUCGAUGGGUAAGCUGUCUCCAUGGUUUCAGUAUUUGGACUCUUUUGACAUUGAGUCUGACGAAUCGGCGGUUCCUUUCUGCUUGUGGAAUAAGGAGGACAACGCAUGUUUGUAUAACUCGGAGGUUGACCUCUUGAAUAUGCUUGAUCUGGCUGAACUCAUAGUAUUCAUGAUGGAAUGUGCCAGAUUUGCUCACAUGAACGCCCAGUACGUGAAUAUUCCGGAUGUUUUGAAGUUAGAUCCUGAGGCUGAAUUGGAGGAUAUUCAAAUAAAGUAUGAAGAUAAGUUGUUACAGUUUGGCCGUUGUGUUCAGGCUGUGAUUUCCAGAGCAUUCACGGUGGACAAAUAUCUCGGGCUCUCGUUGGUGCCUGGUGCAGAUUUAUUCAACCACCUUUCGCCAAUUAUUACUGACGAUGCGCUCGAGGAGAGAGAAAAUGUACACUUUGAGUGUGAUGAUGAUGAUGAAUUAUGUGAGGAAUGUGGAGAAAUUGGAUGUGCUCAUUUAGACGAUGAAGAUGAAGACGAUGCAGAACUUGAGGAGCUUGAUGAAAUUGAGGAAGAUGAAGUGGUUGAAGAGAUCGAAGAGAUCGAAGAAGGCGAGGAGGGAGAAGGUGAAAGUGAGGUGGAGGUGGAGGAAGAAGGCAAUGGAGGCGAAGCAAAUGUCACUUUGGAUUUCCUCAUGGAGUCAGACGUCGAGUUGGACGCAUCUUCAGAGUCCCUGGAUAGUGAUGAUGAAGAAGACGACUCAUCAUCUGUGACUGAAAGCAUCGAAGACGAAGAAGUGGAAAAGAAGGAAGAAAAGACUACUAUAACGAUGGAAGAUAUUGAGGAGUUGGAGAUGUCUGGUGCAGAAACAGAACACGAUGACGAAGAGGUGUCUACAUUGUCCCUAAGCGAGGAUGAACGAGAAAAUGAAAAGGAGGGCGGAGAAAGUGAAGAAGAGGAAGAGGAAGAGGAAGAUGAGCAAGAACAUGGUGAUGGUGCUAAUGCGGACUUGGUCCAAGAACUCUCUAAUAGCUCCAAAUGUUGCGAUAUCAUACUUACUAGACCUCCAUCAAAGGAAUUCAACUAUGAGCUUUUCAACACUUACGGCAACAACUUGGCUAACGCAUACCUUCUUCAGAGAUAUGGAUUUGUCUCUCCGAACAACCCCAACACGACAUGCUUGUUGUCUGUACAGAUGUUUUCAUAUCUCAAGAAGGAGAAGUUGAACAAGAAGAAGAGGGUUCAGCUUGACACCAAAUUGGAAUGGUAUGAAGAAGUGGGCUUUGACGUUGUGAACGAAUUGGUUCUGUCUGCAUUAUCUGCUGAUCAUGACCACGAACAUGACCAUGACCACGACCAUGAAGGUGAAAAUGAAAAUUGUGAUGAUAAAUGUGGUGACGAAUGUGGAGAUGGUUGCGGUGACGGUUGCGGUGAUGGUUGUGGGGAUGGUUGUGGGGAUGGUUGUGGGGAUGGAGACGAAGAAAUUGAGACACCAGAAUCCUGGCAAUUGUCUCCUCGUAUUUCCUACGAUGGCACGCCGACCGAACAGACUAUAGCACUUGUCCGUUUGCUCUUGAUGCCAUUCAAGGUGUUCUUCUACAAGUUGGCAGUGGCCUCCAGUGACAGAAAGCUCAUCAGAAGGGUUUCGCAUUACCUUUUGGAAGGAGACGUUACGAACGAGGAAAAGAAGAUUUUGUCCGGGUGGGUCAAGGGAAGAUUGGCUAGGUACAAAGAGUCCAAUGCUACAGGAGAGAGGGCUCGUCUUGCACGGGAAUUGGUAAAGGAGGAGAAAGGGGUUCUUCACCGAGCGCUAGAGGUGUUAGAGACGUAG